UCGGAACCACCUGUAUGGACCACCGGGACUCGGGCGUGCUUCUCUCACCUGUGUCCUCCAGGCGCCAGCAGCUGAGCGAUGACGACGAGGGCGACAUGACAGUGGAGAACAUGCCGGAGGAGACAGCCGUGCUCUCGGCUCCACACCACCUGUCCGUGGGUCGCUACGAGCUGGGCCGCCAGGCUGGAUGCUGCGAGCGCGUCGUCAUCAACAUCUCGGGCUUGCGCUUCGAGACGCACCUGAAAACUUUCAACCUGUUCCCGGACACGUUGCUGGGGGACCCCAGGAAGAGGAUGCGCUACUUUGACCCCCUCAGGAACGAGUACUUCUUCGACCGGAACCGACCCAGCUUUGACGCCAUUCUCUAUUACUACCAGUCCGGGGGGCGCAUCAGGAGACCUGUUAACGUCCCCAUUGAUAUUUUCUCCGAGGAGAUCAGGUUCUAUCAACUCGGUGAGGAUGCCAUGGAGAAAUUUCGAGAGGAUGAAGGCUUCAUUAAAGAGGAGGAGCGCGUCUUGCCUAAAAACGACUUCCAAAAGCAGAUCUGGCUCCUGUUCGAGUACCCGGAGAGCUCCGGUCCAGCUCGGGGCAUCGCUAUUGUCUCCGUGCUCGUCAUCCUUAUCUCCAUAGUCAUCUUCUGCAUGGAGACACUGCCUGAGUUCCGGGACGAGCGAGAGCAAGCCGAUACUCGGACUCGCACUUUGAACACCACUGGUCACCUUUACGCACCGAGUCCUUUCACGGACCCUUUCUUUGUCAUCGAAACCCUGUGCAUUAUCUGGUUCUCUUUCGAGCUCUUGGUGCGCUUCUUCGCCUGCCCCAGUAAGACCAGUUUCUCCAAAAACAUCAUGAACCUCAUCGACAUUGUGGCCAUCAUUCCGUACUUCAUCACUCUGGGCACCGAGCUGGCGGAAACGGAGACCAACGGGGGCCAGCAGGCUAUGUCCCUCGCCAUUCUCAGGGUCAUCCGCCUUGUGCGCGUUUUCCGCAUUUUUAAGCUCUCACGUCACUCAAAGGGUCUCCAGAUCCUGGGGCAGACUCUCAAGGCCAGCAUGAGGGAGCUGGGUUUGCUCAUCUUCUUCCUCUUCAUAGGGGUCAUACUCUUCUCCAGUGCGGUGUACUUCGCUGAAGCGGACGACCCGACCUCCAGCUUCAACAGCAUCCCCGACGCCUUCUGGUGGGCGGUGGUCACUAUGACUACGGUGGGCUACGGGGACAUGCACCCGGUGACCAUCGGUGGCAAAAUCGUCGGCUCUCUGUGCGCCAUCGCCGGCGUGUUAACCAUCGCUUUGCCGGUUCCUGUCAUCGUGUCCAACUUCAACUACUUUUACCACCGGGAGACCGACGGGGACGAGCAGCCUCUGUAUACGAACACCGGAAGCUGCGACCACAUCCCCGGUGCGGAAGCGCUACAACCGCGGGGGUCUUGCGCCUCCUCGACCGUCGUCAGGGGCGACUUUGCCGGCCUGGAGGAGAGCGUCAAGCGGGUCAACUUGAGCCCUGAAAACAGCCAGAACUGCGUUAACAUCACCAAGAUCUUCACGGACGUGUAAAUAUGACCCACAUUGAACAUGUGUGGCGGAAAAAAGUAGCAACUUUUAUUUUUUUAAACCGACUGUCCUCCAUAUCUGCACUAAUACACUAAAUAUUCACUUUUAACAGGACUCAUUUAGCCUUUUUUUUAAAUGUAACUUAUAAUUUUUUAGUAUUUUUCUAAAUCCGUAUUAUUCUUCAUACUCAUAACUUUUACAUGUUCAAGUAUUAUUCAAAAACUUUAAAAAGUGGACAUAUUUCCCUGUUGCCUAUACAUAUCUUGAUGUUCAAAUGUAUUGAUUGGCAGGCCACUUCAAUGUAAUGCAGGGGGUUUUCCAAGUGGGAGGCGCAGUAGCUUGAGAAAAACAAAGAAAAACAUUCCUAAAACCAGCUAACUUUGGUUAUACCCCGAGUACAAGAGGGUUUAUUUCUGUUUUUUUUAGGUGAAACUUUGAAAACCGCUACUCGGGUGGGAUCUAUUACAAGCGUGUUAUGGAAAUAUCAGCCUUUAAAAAGAUAAUAAUGCUCACUUUUCAUUGUGUUAUAACAAUGUGUUUGUUAAAAAUGGAGAACGCCACUGUUUCGAAUAUUUUAGUUACUAUUGCACAGGCAUAUAAUGAAAAAAAAACUACAACUUUGACUCAGUAUUGGGUGACGGUCUGCCUCAACCAGUUGCAUUAUGACUAUAAUAUAACUAUCAUGACAGUGUAAAGAUUAUUAUCUUUGUAAAGACAGAUGUUUUCUCAUUCGACUGCCCAUGUUGUGUUCAGUGUGCGUUGUCUACUAUAUACGCUAUAUAUCUCCAUGAGUCAAAUCGUCCGUCUUGAGAUUUGAUAUUGUCAAGUGAUUAGAGACAUUUGUAUAAACAGCCUGUUGAGAUGUUGACAUUAUUAAUCAGGUAUCAAAUACACUUGAGUGCUGUAUAGAUGAUCAUAUAAUUUUAAAGUCUUUACAUUCAGAGUUGCCUAUAUAUAUAUAUAGACUAUGGUAAAUA